UUUUAUUGAUCUUUUAUCCAGCGGUGAUGAUUUUAUGAAAAAUUCACAUGUCAGACUUCAGAGAUUCUUAACGAAUCAGUGAGAAUGAAUUCAUAUUUUCUGAGCAGAAGACGAGUGUUUUUGCUCCAUAAGAGCGAUUUCAAAUGUUGAAUUAUUUGACCAAAGGAUCUGGAGAAUAACCAAGUAUUAAUGAAUUGAACAUAAUUUAAAGUAAAAUGAAUAACCAAGUAUUAAUGAAUUAAACAUAAAUUCAAGUUAAAAAUACAAAUUAUGAUGAGUCGUGCCCGGAAGCUGGAUCCAUCGUUAAAAAGAUGUAUUUUUGCCGUUCAUUAUAAAUUUGUGGACAAAAUAAUUAUUAAUGUUGAAUCCAGUUAACCAUAACUCAUAUUUUACACUGGUAAUAAGAAAGCUUACCAAAGGACAAUGUAAUCUGAUGCAAAGCUGUAAUAAUGAUACGUAAAUCUCUGUCCAAGCGAGUUCUUAAAAGUACAGAUUCGUGUUGUUAGUAAGCGCCUAAAAAACCGUCGUCAAGGAAAAAAUGAUGUCGAGUAUAUUUGCCAACGUGGCGAAACAUCAACCAAAGUUUCUGUUUAGAUCCCAUUUUGUCUCAUAAUAAGUUUUUCUUAGAUUUUCCUUUUGUGUAAAUCGAUUCGAGAAUGGAGAUACUUCGAAAGGCAGCGAUUGUACGGCUCCAUAGCCACAACGGAAAGUACCUAACCGCUGACGUAGAUCAAGAAUCCGUUCAUCAAGACCGUCGCGGUACAACUAAAAACACCCGAUGGACCGUUGAGAUUGUUUGUGGGUCUAAUGUCAUUCGUCUUCAAAGCUGUUACGGCAAAUACCUAACCGCCUCUAAUAAUCAUUUCCUCCUCGGAGCCACCGGUAAAAAGGUACUUCAAACCUUACCGGCAAAGUUGGAUUCGUCGGCAGAGUGGGAACCAAUAUCGGACAAUGGCAAACACGUACGGUUCAAGAGUCGGUAUGGACAGUAUCUAAGAGCUAACAAAGGUUUACCGCCUUGGAGAAACUCUAUCACACACGAUAUCCCUAGCCGUACAGUCACACAAGAUUGGGUCUUGUGGAGUGUUGAUGUUCUCCAAGUUCGAGUUAUCAACGACGAUGCUGAAUCUACCCAUAGUUCUUCGGCAUUUUCACGGGUCGAGUCAGGUGAUUCAUUUACUGUGAGCUUACCACCAAAAUCUGAAGGAAGACUGAUAUAUUACCAGACUAGAGAUGAUUGUGGGAACAUGAAUGAUGACGACGACAUAGGAGAAAAAUCAUUGAUAUUCCAUGGAAGCGAGUUGACAGAAUUGAAGAAGAAACUAGAGGAAGAAACAGGGAUCCAAGAUCUUAUUGUUUGCUCUAGAAACCCUUUGCAUGAUGCGAAGCUUUGUCCUCUUCAGUUGCAUCUCCCUCCCAAUAACGCAACAAUGCACAUCAUCAUCGUUCCUCCUUCACUCGAUACUGACAAACGAUAAGAGUAAUAUAUGUGAAACAACCAACUUGGAGGAGAAUAAACUAGAGAGUUAUUAUUUCAUGUUGUUUCUUUACUAAUAAACAAUGUGAAAGAAUAGUUUCAGAAAUUCAAAACCUUUUGUUAAUCCAAAAACAAAGCCUCAAUACGUAUUCCUUUAUAUGUAUUCAUUUGUAUUACUGUAUUAGAUACAUAGAAUCGAAGUAUAAACUUUCUCUUCCGUUCGACUGAAUUUUGUUAAUGUUUUUGUUAUUAUUGUACAUGUUUCAGAUUAACUUUCUCCCAAAGUUCCUAUUAAAUAAACUUAAGUGUAGGCGUAGCUAUUUCGAUUCUCCAAGAUGAUUGUAAAUUCUGAUUUUUUUGGGUAUACUAUAUAUUUGUGAAAGGGACUCUUGCAGUUGAGUAGUUUGCAUUAGGAUAGUAUAUAAACGAGUCACCCGUGACGUACUCUAGAGCUUGAUAACAUUCUCUCCUUUGUGAUUGUUAAAUGUUAAUAAUCAUUAACAAUAUUUACGCAGUUGUGAGUUUUUUAUUCAUUAGGUCAACAAUGUUUUAUAGUCUAUCAAUUCAUAGAGUAGUUGGAAAUUCAAACUUUAAAUUACUAAUUAUUGGCCGAUCAGAGAAUAAAAAGUUUAUCAUUUAAGAGUAAAGCUAAAUUUAGACGUAAUGUACUAGUGUUAAUCAAAUCUCAUUUUUCUCCUUGGUUUCUCACUGGGUUAAUUAGCUUCACUUAAAUCGAAAAAGUGAAAGUGAAAAGCAAUAUGAUUAGGAGCUUCUUUUUCCUUCCAAAGAAGCACAGAACAUCUUAAAUGUCUACAGAUUUUUCUUCUUUUUUGUUUUGUUGGCAAAAUCUCAAGAGAGAUUAGACUAUUAAAUGGAUUGACCAAAAAAGAAGUGUGAAUUGGAAUACAAAUUUGAAUAGGUGAUAGGUCAAGUAAGUGGAUAGUUUAAUUGUAAAUUGUUGAAUGACUUAU